CGACUUGCGCCCGAACGGCGUUCGCUCGGUCACGCCAUCGAAUCGAAUCCGCUCGCUUCGCAUUUCGCAUUAGUUUAGUUCGUUUCCGUCCGUUCGACGCGCUAAACCUUAAAAGAAAGAAAAUAAAAUAAAAUAAAAAAUAAAUAGUUGAUAAAUAUGGCGUCGGCAUUCCGUUACACGCACGCCGUCGUCAGUCGAUUACCGGCGUCGUUGCGACAACGCGUCGAAAAUAUCGAUAUGGACGAGGCGAAAAAACAACACGAAAAUUACGUUCGUUUGUUGCGCGAAAUCGGUCUCGAUGUUAUCGAAUUACCGCCUGACGAGGAAAUGCCGGAGUGCGUCUUUGUCGAAGACACAGCCGUUGUUUGUAAUGGAACGGCGCUCAUCGCUCGACCGGGCGCUGCCCAUCGGACGCGAGAAGUGGAAACCAUCCGAGUGGUCUUAAAGAAAGAACUAGAUUUACCAAUUGUAGAAAUGUCCGAUUCUAAAGCUCGAUUAGAAGGCGGAGACGUGCUAUUCACAGGUAGGGAAUUUUUCGUGGGAAUCUCCCAAUGGACAAACGAGGCUGGAGCGAGAGCGGUGGCUGCGGCUUUUCCAGAAUUCCCUUGUACGCCGAUCAAGGUGCCCGAACCCAAACACCUAAAAUCCUACAUAACGAUGGGAGGACCGGAUCUUCUAUGCGUCGGAGGCGGUAAAGAGGCCCAAGAAGUACUAAAAAGGAUGGAAAGAGAGGCCACUUUUAGUUACGGUGUCAUAACACUACCAGAAGACGAUGCCGCCAAUGUUCUCUAUUUAAACGGAACUCUGGUACAUCGCAGCAUCGAGGAGAUACCACGAUCUUUUAAAAUAUUCGGUGAAAAAGUGGAUUAUCCGAGACGAUCGAUCAACUUCUCACAGCUAGCAUCGAAGUCCUGCGGUUUGUCUUCGAGUUGUAUAUUAGUUCGAAGAACUCGCCACAUUAGAAACCUCUAAAAUUACGGUAAAAUUUGAUAAAAACUCGACUCGAUUUCGGAGAAAGGAUAUUUUUUUUUCAACGGGCUGUUUGCUAUGCUACCAAAGUCGUACAAAACGAUGAGUAUUAUUUGAAAUUGUCAUUCCAUUUUAGGGCUAGGUUUUUUUUAAUGUACCUACUUUUUUUUACCAAACAAAAUGCUACAGUGAUUUUUAGACAUUCCAAUUUUCGUUUACAGCAUAUUUUCCUUUGGAAAAUUAUUGAGUUUUUAUUGGCUCUCUAAACAAAAUAAUAAUUUCGAAAUUAAUAUAUUCGAUAAAAAGGAAUAAGCAAUCUACAAUAUAUUUUUAUGAAUUUAUAACUAUUAUAACUAAAUUGGGUUUGAGCAUAUGCGUGAUGUAGAUACCUCUAAUAGAUGUUUUGAAUAAAUUUAAUUCUCGUUAUAAAUGAAUCUCAUCUUUAAAUAAAUAAUAAUUAAUGCUCCAUCAUCAGUAUAUCUUUUAUGUCAAUCCUAUAUGGAAAUAACUUAGGGUUUAUUGAAGAAUUGUGAAUUCUCCAUUGCAAUAUUCUCCAUGCAAUUUAGUAGAUUUAAUACGCCCGCGUUCUACUAGCUGUAAAUAUAAAAAAAAUCGCAAAUUUUGAAAUUUCUCGGCUCGUAGAACGCGGUGGAUUCGAAAAGAUUUGUUGGAUUUAUUCCCGAUAUCUGUGGUAUUUAAAGUUGAAAAUUAUACAUGUUAAAUUUGAUGUUUAGAUAUGUAUUUAUGUCUAUAACGCAUAUAAAUUAUUAUAUUUAUUAUCUCAGUGGCAAAUAGCAAAUAAAAAAACGUAUAAAUGGAAACAAACGACUGUUAAAUUGCUGUAAUAAUUAAGUUAUACUUUGUACAAGAUUACCCAGUUACUUCUGGGUGUAAAAUUUCACUGUAAUUUUUCGUAUACGGAAUAAUAAAUAUUCAAACGAU